UCAAUCUUAAAUUUUUUAUAGAAGUAUCCCUUUUUUUUUCAUUGAAGUUGAAUCAAAUUCUUCACCUUCCCCUCUACAUUACCUACUUGGAUAAUGUUGGAUCAAAUUUAGUUGGUUUUUUAUUGCAAGACAUAAAGGGAUUGUCUUGCUAAAACCAAAUAAGAGGGAAUAGGAAAGAAUUUGAUCUUCUUUUUUUGUUUGUUGUUGUUGUUGAAGAAGCUACAAAAAAAAAAUAUGAGGAAAACUCAUUUGAAAUCCUCUAGGAGUUCUGUAUAUGAGACAAGAACAACUAGUAAAUAUGAUGAUUCUGAGGGAUUGGCUACCAUGCUUAGAAGUGCUACUAUGCAUCCAGGGGUCGGCAAGCAGAAUAUGAUGGCUGAAGAUAUACUUAGAUAUGGAAAUGUAAACAUUUCAGCAGAAGUAUUCACAUUCCGCGAGUUAGCUCAUGCGACAGACAACUUCAAUCCUGAGUUUCUAGUUGGUGAAGGAGGAUUUGGGAGGGUCUAUAAGGGACACCUCAAAAGAACUGACCAAGUUGUUGCUGUCAAACAACUUGACAGGAAUGGGGUUCAAGGAAACAGAGAAUUUCUUGCAGAAGUCUUGAAUUUAAGUCUCAUUAAUCAUCCGAAUCUUGUCAAUCUGAUAGGAUAUUGUGCUGAUGGCAACCAGAGAAUUCUUGUCUACGAAUUCAUGCAGAAUGGAUCUUUAGAAGAUCAUCUUCUUGAUUUUCCAUCAAAUAAGAAGCCAUUGGAUUGGUAUACCAGAAUGAAGAUAGCUAAAGGUGCAGCGCAAGGGCUAGAAUACUUGCAUGAUAUUGCCAAUCCUCCCAUAAUCUAUCGCGAUUUCAAAGCAUCCAACAUAUUAUUAGAUGAGUGUCUUAUUCCUAAGCUCUCAGAUUUUGGGCUUGCUAAGUUAGGUCCAGCGGAAGGCGAGGAUCAUGUUUCUACAAGGGUUAUGGGGACCUAUGGAUACUGUGCACCAGAGUAUGCUAUGACAGAACAGUUGACAUCAAGAUCUGAUGUAUAUAGUUUUGGAGUUGUUCUGUUGGAACUUAUUUCAGGGAGAAGAGCUAUUGAUAAUACAAGACCACCAGAAGAGCAAAACUUGAUUUCUUGGGCCAAACCACUUUUUAAAGAUAAGAACAUGCUCACUGAAAUGGCUGAUCCGUUGCUCGGAGGAAAUUACCCUGUUAUGGAACUUCAUCAAGCUCUUGCUAUUGCAAAUAUGUGUAUCCAAGACGAAGCCUACACGAGACCUUUGAUUAGUGAUGUUGUUACAGCUCUUGAGUACUUAGCCAUGCCAAGAGAUGAUGAAGUCACAAUUAGCAAGACAGAAGUAGAGUAUAGUGCUGAUGAGUUGUGUCUAAAGGACUUAACAACAGAAACUAAUUGUGUCUCAUAAGAUGAAGUAACUCUUUUUUGUCCUGAUUUUACCAAUUUUCUCUCCAGCCAAGAAAGGCAGAAAAAAAGAUGGCCUUUUUAGGUUAUUGCUGAUUGCAGACUUCUCUACUUUUUGAUGUUUAAGAUAUACAAAAGAUUUUGAGUUU